GCGGCAUUAGAUGGUUUCCCCGCAAGCGGGUUUGUUGUGACGCUGCUUCAGUGACUGCCGUGCUUGGUUCGACUGUUUGACUCCUCUGCCAAUCGGAUGUUUCUUCGCAUUGAAACAGUCGGCACAGUGGGGCCGCCAGGGGUCCCUUCCUGGCCGUGUUAACAUUUCGUCAUCCCGUCGGUUGUUUAGUUGAAAGCUGUCUUCAUGUGAGAUACUAUUCAUGUUGAAGCCUUUUCGCUCCUUCCGCCCCUUCCGCCGACAAAUCAAGACGGCCGCGGGCAGAUACAUCCCAAGCCAUGAGAUGAGCAUCACCAGCAGCCAGCCAUGAGCUCUUCGUCGCUGUCUCGCACCGAGACGCUCAGUCUCUUCGCGCUCGCCGCCGCCUGCGUCGCCAUCCUUGCCAACGCGUUCCAGGGCGAUGACAAGCCGCUCAUCGUGUCGCUCGCGCUGAGCGGGCUCGCCUUCUGCGCCUCGUUCGCCCUCAUCCGCUGGCUCGGGCCGACCUUCAUCAAGGCCGGCUUCAAGGGCGUCGACAUGAGCAAGCACCACCGCCGGGAGAUUCCCGAAUGCAUGGGCGCUGUGUGCGCGGCUGUCUACCUGUUCGCCAUCAUCGUGUUCAUACCGUUCGCCUUCUACAAGGAUGUCGUCGCGGCGACCAGCGGCGGCGGCAAUCGGGAUGUGGUGCUUCCCGUUCAGCAUGUGCAUGAGGGCCGGCUUCUGCACCUGUUCCCGCACGAAAAGCUCUCCUCGUACCUCUCGGCCAUCGUCUCUCUGCACACGAUCGCGUCUCUCGGCCUCGCCGACGACCUCUUCGACAUCCGCUGGCGGCACAAGUUCUUCAUCCCGGCCUUUGCCGCGAUCCCGCUCCUCGUCGUCUACCGCGUCGACUUCGGCGUCACCUCGAUCGUGAUCCCCAUGCAGCUGCAGCCCUACCUCGGGCAGCUGCUCGACUUGGGCGCGCUGUACUACGUCUACAUGGCGGGCGUGGCCAUCUUCAGCCCCAACAGCAUCAACAUCCUGGCGGGUAUCAACGGCAUCGAGGUGGCGCAGUCCAUCGUCAUCGCCCUGCUCCUGGCCGUCAACGACUGCCUCUACCUGCUGACGCCCUACCCUCACCCGGCGACCGACUCGCACCUGUUCUCGCUGUCGUUCCUGCUGCCCUUCCUGGGCGUGUCGCUCGCCCUGCUCUGGCACAACUGGUACCCGGCGCGGGUGUUUGUGGGCGACACGUACUGCUACUUCGCAGGGAUGGUGUUCGUGGUGGUUAGCAUCCUGGGCCACUUCAGCAAGACGCUCGUGCUGCUGCUGCUGCCGCAGAUCGCCAACUUCCUCUACUCGACGCCGCAGAUCUUCGGGCUCGUGCCCUGCCCGCGCCACCGCCUGCCGCGCUUCAAUGCGCGCACGGGCCUGCUGGAGCCGAGCGUCACGCCGUGGACGCCGGAGCGGCAGCCGAGGCCGCCCGUCGCGUGGGCGCUGAAGCUGCUGGGGAAGCUGGGGCUGCUGCGGGUGGCGCUGGACGAGGAGGGGCGGCUGGUCGAGACGAGCAACUUCACCAUCUUGAACCUCUGGCUGGUCUGGAGGGGCCCGCUGCGCGAGGACCGGUUGGCGCUGGAGAUCACGGCGAUGCAGGCCGCUGUGGGGCUCUUUGGCUUGUUUGUGAGGCACCGCUUGGCCUUGCUGGUCUUUAAGGAGGACAACUGGAGCAUAGCUGGUCAGAGUUGAUUGCUUCCUUGUUUCUAUUGCUGCGGCUGCUGUUCAAUCUUCGCUUUAUACCAUGAUAGACAUACCUUAGAUCGGCCCAGCCAGUAAACUACCCCUGGAUUCUGAUGGUCUAGGCUAGGUACCCGUAGGCCAGGCCCUGCAGGAAGCUUGGACCCCCGCGUUUGUUCCAACCCCCCCCGGCAAUCAAUCAAUCAAUCCAUCUGA